UAACAAACGAGGCGAGACACCCAAAGAGUGAUGGUAGAUUUGAAACACUGAAGACAUAGUUCAUUAAGAUGGAUUUCUAAGGAAUAGGUUUAAAUUAAUGUAUUUCCUACUUUCAUACUUCUCUAAUCCGACCGACAUGGCAAAGACGAACAAUCCGAAGACAAAGCAAGGAUAUUGCAGGCACGGCAACAGAUAAAUGAUUGUCUAUGACAGCACGUGACGAAACCAAUAACCGGCACGUGCAGGGUCGGGAUGUGGCUGAUUAACCUCAGUGCCAAGAGACAGCAACAAGUCAUGGAGCUCCGUCCAUAGCCCUCUAUUGACUGACUACACAAUGCUGUAGACCCCGUGCUGCCAAACAUUUCUACAAUUCUUCCAACUUCCCAACUGACUUCUCUAUGGCGCAAACCUCUUGAAAACACGGAGGAGCAACGUUCCUGUUCUUACAAUGGCCACUAAUUGGCAGUAAACUCCACUAAUUAAUUCUCUGACCACAUAAACAUUCUAACAACCCUCCAAAGCGUUUCAUGCGACGAUUUCCGAGCCUCUUCAUACCACAGAGGACUUUAUCGAUCUUCCACCAGUCGAAGGAAAGGUUCGCUUGCAUUGCCAGUGUUCCCAUACAAGUCAUCGAAAAUGUGACGAGCCCUUUCACAGGAAUAAAUGAACUUUCUGCCGCCCCUACCUUCUCUUGAAGUAAAACCAGGAAUGGUUCCGUACUUCUUGUUGUGGUGAGCACGGUAAUGCUUCACGCUCAAGGGACAUCUUUUAAGGAAUGGACGGCCUUCUAAGACAUUUAACACUUGCCAUGGCAAGACGACAUGGAGCUAUAGUGACCUAUUUUGUAUUGAGUGCCUUGCCCUUGAGUAUGUCCCUAGCAGAGGUCAAGAUGUACAAUGCGUCUCAGCUACUGGAGAACAUGCUAGUGGGUUACGACAAGCGGCUGAGACCUGGAUUCGGUGGGAAGCCGUUAGCGGUGAUGAUCUAUAUCAAUCUACGAUCGAUGGGGCCUAUAUCGGAAUUAGACAUGGUUUACACUCUGGACUGCUACUUCCGGCAAACCUGGUAUGAUAAACGCUUGUCCAUGAACAUAUCGCUGGAACACCUCCCUCUGGGUAUCACCAUUCUAGAACGGAUUUGGCAUCCUGACACCGUCUUCUACAACGGCCAGAACUCCUACCUCCACACCAUCACGACGCCCAACAAAUUUGUCAGGAUCAGUCCUAAUGGGAACGUCCUCUACUCACAAAGGCUGACGAUCCGGGCAAGCUGUGUGAUGGAUCUGAAGACGUUCCCUUUGGAUAUUCAGAGCUGUCCGCUUUUCUUCGGUAGCUUUGCGUAUUCUACUGAAGACGUUGUAUAUCAGUGGCGUUACGGUAAAGAUGGAAAGUCAGUGGAAUUUGGGAAAGAUAUCUGGUUGUCUCAGUUUGAUCUUAUUGGGAGUCCACUGUCGAACUAUACAGGCAACAUCAAAGGAGCUCCCCACACGAUCCUGAACGUGAAGUUCCAUCUGUACCGACACGCUGGCUACUUCAUCAUCCAGGUGUACGUGCCAUGUGCCUUACUCGUUAUCCUGUCCUGGGUGGCCUUCUGGAUCAACAGGGAGGCCACGGCCGACAGAAUCGCUCUAGGAACAACAACUGUUUUGACCAUGACGAUUUGUGGAAUCGAAAACAAGACAGAUUUCCCUAAGAUAUCCUAUAUCACGGCCCUAGACAUGUACGUGGCAGUGUGCUUUGCCUUUGUUUUGGCCACCAUACUUGAGUUCGCAUUUGUCCAUUACUUUACCAAAUACGGCACCGGGGAACCCCUACUGUACGAGUCCACCGAUGACGAAGAUGCUGACAGUGUGUUCGAUGAGACUUUCGAAGAAGAACCAGAAUGCCCUGACCUAGAAUCUAAUGGCCUGGAUGGAUCACACAUGCCGAAGCCUGUGAAGGAUGGUAACUUCGGGAGGAACGUGCUUGCCAAGGUGUGGGACUGCCUCCAUUGUAUCACCCACACAAAGGUGUACUAUGGCUUUAAGAAAAAGGAUAUGACUGGUUUCAUUAACAGUGUGAGCCAGAUUGACAGGUCCUCAAGGGUCAUAUUUCCUGUGACGUUUUUGAUCUUCAAUGUGGUGUACUGGGUGUCUUAUUGUCGAUGGAAGGUGUAACGCGCAGAGACUCUUUAGCUGUGACGUUGUUGUCGAGAUCACAGAAGACAAGCGGUGCAUUCGGACAAAGCAGGAACGGAUGGUUGAUUAAAUGUUUCUGACCCAAUAAAGCCGCUGACGGGAACACGUGGCACAUGAAGUGACUUCGCUAGAAGGAACAGGAAAUUACCGGACCUGACCUACAAAUGGUUUCAUGUGGAAGCACCGAAAACCAACUGAGGAGGAGACAGACGUAGUUAUAUAUAACAUGGCAAUGUACUUCGACAACAAACGUGUAAACGAAACAGAAAGUGCUCAUAAUCAAACACUAGCUGUGCAAUAAUAACUUCAAAUAUUUCCAUGUUAAAAGAACGACGAAUAUGUGAAAAUAUGUUUUAUAACCUACACGGCAAUAUAAAGUGAGCCCUCGAAAAAGUUUCCGUUGGGCGAAAAAAGAAAUAAAUGUGUCAAAUAUGUAUGAAUGAAUCACUGGAAAUCAGUGAUGACACCAGGUGUUCAAACGGUCCUUUUUUCGGAUUGAAGUAGCUGAGAUGUAUAUACGAGUAAGUUGUACGUGUGUUUCAAGAUUUAUAUUUCAUAUAUUGUCCAUGUCUCACAUGCCUCGCAAAUGGAUAUCAGUAUAUAUCCUAUUCCUAUUUGCAAAUUCCUAGUUGAUGAACACAUUUCAAUAUUGUAUAAUCUAUAAACUCGUUUAAUCUAAUUCUUCCUUUUAUAACCACAUUGUUUCUUUCGGAGAAUCCUCUAUCAUAAAUAUAUGGCAGUCUUGAAAAGCAAUAUUUCAUGUUUGUGAUUGUGAGAGAUGAAUAUAUGGAUAUAUUAAUAUUCUGGUUUCUUUUUUAGGAUGACGAGUAGGUUUAGAUUAGAAUGUUCUUCAUUGUGAAUAUGUAACAUGUCCUGUUAGGCAUUCCACUGUAUUUGAACAACUGAGCGAGAAAAUGUUUUAACAUGAUACGUUCAUGCAUGUUUUUGUGUAUGUUAAGAAUGCAUCCGUGUAUUUAUUAAACAUGCCACUGAAGAGUGUCUUC